AUGAAUAAGGAAACAGUUUGUCAUCUGGUGAUAAUUGUAAAUCUAAUCCUGUCAAUCGACGCACGACCCGCAAAUGAAGUUGGCCACAACUUUGAUCACUUUGAAGUCAGCAGCGACCAGCGCGGAGGACAAUCAUUUUCGUACAAAACCAAGGAUGGUCAAUGGCGUGACGAAACGGUGGAGGUGGACGCCGCCACCGGGAAGCUGGUCAUAUCCGGCUGGUACCGGUACGUCGGUACGGAUGGGGAGAUUUACCAGGUGAAGUACGUGGCGGACGAGAACGGCUUCCGACCGCUUGGAACGCAUCUUCCGGGUGCCGAUCUGUCGGAUCCGAGUGUCUUCGGCGUAUUUACGCCGCUCGCCGAUGGUAUCUCCAAGACAGUGUUGCUUUCGCUGGUCGGGUAA